GAAAACAACAAAUCAUCUUUAACCCCACAAAUCCGUGUUUCGUCGGUCAUCUAUCUUGUUUGUUAAGUUUCACGCAAAUCCAUUCACAAUUAACACGAACUGUACGAAUAAUUUAGUGCUUCUCCUGUAAAACGGUACUGGCUAAAAAAUGUCUCGCGGAAGCAGCGCUGGAUUCGAUCGUCAUAUUACGAUUUUUUCGCCGGAAGGUCGUCUGUACCAAGUCGAAUAUGCCUUCAAGGCCAUCAACCAGGAGGGCCUUACGUCUAUUGCGCUCAAAGGAAAGGAUUGUGCAGUGGUAGCGACUCAAAAGAAGAUCCCAGACAAGCUGAUUGACCCGGCUACCGUGACCCACCUGUAUCGGAUUACCCGUGAAAUUGGCUGUGUUAUGACCGGUCGCAUAGCGGACAGUCGUUCGCAGGUACAACGGGCCCGAUAUGAGGCGGCCAACUGGCGGUACAAGUACGGCUAUGAAAUUCCGGUAGAUGUGCUGUGUCGCCGAAUGGCAGACAUUUCGCAGGUGUACACGCAGAACGCCGAGAUGCGUCCCCUCGGUUGCAGCAUUGUAAUGAUCGCGUAUGAUCCCGAAAAUGGACCGGCUGUGUACAAAACGGAUCCGGCUGGCUACUAUUGCGGCUAUCACGCCAUUUCGGUAGGUGUAAAACAAACGGAAGCCAACAGUUAUCUGGAGAAGAAACUCAAGCGCAAGGCCGAGUUUGGCGAGGAGGAAACGAUCCAGCUAGCCAUCACCUGUCUGUCCACGGUGCUGGCAGUUGAUUUCAAGCCGACUGAAGUAGAGAUUGGCAUCGUAAGCAAAGAAAAGCCGGAAUUCCGUACCCUAACCGAGGACGAAAUCGAGGUCCAUUUGACAGCGAUUGCCGAGAAGGACUAAGCGUGCGGCCGUUCCUUUUUCCAUGGGAAAUCUUUUUACGUACGGUGAGGUUGCUGGUUCUUACAUUUGUAUUUCUUUUCCAUUACAUUCAGAAUAAACGAGAAUUGUAAGAAAUUA